AUGCCUAGUUCCCUCACUAACGACCAUCUACGCAUCGAGGAGUAUCCUGCGCACUUGAGUUUGAUGCCAGGAGAAUCUCAUAACAUCAAUUCACAGAGUAAAGGUGUUGUGGGACUGACACAACAUGAAGUCAAUGUGCUUGCUCAUUUGUUCAAGGCAAAGACGAUGCGCAUUGUUAAGGUAACCAAAACCAUAGGAGGCACAGUGAUAGCCUCCAAGGAGCCUGUCAUCAUUGGCGAGGCCCCUCCAGCAGACUCUAUUUUCCCAAAUGCAAGGCGGAUGUUUGUUAAUGGAACAUUUGAUUAUGGUGGCCCUCCAUGCCUUCAAGCCAGCUCUGCCAUUACCAGGAAGAAGAAGCCAAAGGUCCCCAUGUCAGCACACACUCAGGAUGAUGUUACAGGUAUUGCGGCCAAAGACACCAUGACAACCAUCUGGAAAACCAACUUGCAUCCUGAGGUACUCAUACCUCCUCCAUCACGUCCAUUUAAGCUUGCAAAUACAGAUGGUGUCGAGAAGCCUGAUGAGGAGCCUCUCAACUUGUCCAAUGGUGAAAUCCAUAGCGAGGAUAAUGCCAACUAUGGUGAUUUUUCACAUUCAUGGAAACAGAAGCUUGAUACCGGAGUUGUACGAGCUAUGAAGAAGCGUGUACAACCAAUUGGGUUAGAGGAGGAGAUGGCCAUUGAGAACAAGCCAGGUGCAAAAGCCACAGGCAAGGCUUGUGCCAAAGGAGGGCACUCAUCUCCUCUCACAGUAGGGUUCUCAGGAGAAAAAGAACAGCAACUACAACCUGCUAUAGACAAUGCAGCAAUGCGCCUGCAUGAUGGAUGUCCUGACAUUGUGAAAGUGCGAUGUGCACGCCUGGUGACUAAAGGAGGCCAAUCUGCUCUCACCAAGACCAUGCGUCUCUUGCAAGAAGAUGAAGACUCACAAAGUAAUAGCAGAGCUGUGCAGUCUGAGACAUCGGUUGAUCAUUCAACCUCUGUGCAAGUCACUGAAGCACCCAUUCUUCCAGCAGUGCUGUCUUCCCCAUGUAAAACCGAACUUCCUGCUGAACACACAGGUGGUAAUGGACAGUCUGGCCAUGUCCAAGAUGUGCCUCCCCCACUACCACAAAAUCUACCACAUGCCCCAUCUGAGGAUAUUCGUCCUAGCCCUGUCAUUUCUAACCUUGAUGCACCAGAACCUCACCAUGUUGACCCUCAUGGGGCACACAACAAUCACUCCCAUGAGCCUCACGACACUCGAUACCUUCAUGGUGACCUGCGCACUCAUCGAGACAGCUCUCCUGCACUCCCCAAUGAUGAUUAUCACCCCAGUGAUGCACCACAUGGUGACCACAACCUGGAGGAGAGUACCCUUAUCAGAGGGAAUAUUUGUAUUAUGGUGACUAUGGUGAACCUUACCCAGGAUAUGCUUAUGCUCCUCACCAUGAGAACCCAGGUUAUCAUGAUGCCAGUGGGAAUAGGCGGUCAUAUUAUCGUGAUGCAUGGUAUGCAGACCAUGAACUUCUGGAUGACCAUUCGCAUGGACCUCCCCCAUCAGACAUCCGUGGAGAACACAUGCAUCCAGCUGGUUGUGAAGGUCAAGUUGGCUACCAGCAUGCAUAUCAGCAUGAGGCUUGGACAGAUGGGCAUCGCGGGAGCAGGAGUCCCAUUGCCAAUGCAGUGCCAGGAUCAUCUGAAGGAGGCGCCAUUCCAAGUCAGUACCUGCAAUGCACUCCCUGAACCUCGGAACAAGAUUGCUAUGGAUAAGCUCUUGGAGGAAGAAUUCAUUGGCACCAUCUUAUGGGAAGAAAAAUCACUCCCCAAAGAUGCCAAGUCUGUUAUGGAUACCCUUAUCUUACAGACUAAUUUCACUCCAGCAUCUCUCAACAAAAUUUACUAUUUCAAGUCUGGGCCAGGAGGGAAGAGGGUUAAGAGUGGGUCUAUCUUUCAACCUGCUGCGUGCCAUGGCGCGAAUGCAGAAUGGCUGUUUGAUAACAGGAAUGUCCAGCCAAAGUUGUUGGUAGACUCCAGAAAACAGAAGAAGAAGGCGCAGCUUCGGUGCCAAAGGAUACAACAACAAGCACCCCAGCAAGAAGCGGCUUUGGCAUCGGUGACAACAGAGGGCAAGUGGACCCUCCUCUUCAACAUCAUGCAAGCUGCCAUGCACGCAAUGUACAAGAAAAUUUUCCCAAAUCCCUCCACUGCAUUCCCCUUUGGUGCCAUGAACAUUAUUGGUGGCCCACUGAAGUGUAUUUGGUCCUCCCAAUUCUGUAAUACUCCCGUCCUGGAUGACACCAAUGCACAGAAGCCAGAUGUUAUUCUGGUGGAUUGCAAUCUAUGCAACCUCUCAUUGCAAUGGUCCAAUAUUAUCACAUGCAUGGAGCACACAGAAAGUGAACUCGACUCUUCCAUACCUUUGUAUUAUGGUAGCGGCACUAAAGGGUACCUGUUGAUGCAAGAACAACCUUGGUGCCAGUUCAUCUUGAUCUUUACUAUUGCCAAUAACCUGCUUUGCCUUCACUACUUUGACUGCUCAGGUUUUAAACACCUUAACGCUCGUGCACACCAACAACCUCAGACCUCAGAUGGGACAGAGUACGCACUCAAAGACUGUUGGGUCACCGAGGACAAGAAAAACCACAAGUCAAGCUUGUGGCCCAUUGGGAUGUCCUCUACAAUGGGGAGCCGGACUGCACAUAUCAUAUUUGAGCUUCCCAUGGUAUUCCACCAGUGCCUUCUGUUGACCCCCUGCAGAGAACCACUUGUGUUCUACUCCUCGAAGCUUGAGCUGUUGAGAGCCUUCCAUGACUUUGUCUCAGAAGGCGCUGUUAGUGUUCCUUCAGAGGGCAUGCAUGGCACAUGGCUGAGCCACGUGGCUUCACUGAAAGAUGAGGGCAGGAGGCCCUUGUGGGUUGAUAAAUUUGAGACCUCAGGCGCUGAUCCCUGGUUGGCAAAGCAGGGAUAUGUGCUUGCACCUCGCAAUGACUUGUCAUUGAUGGAAAAAACUACUUCAUUCUUCGCACCAUUCAGUCAAAUCAUACAGGAGUGGCAUCAUCUAAUUCUAGCAGCAGCCAGUGACCCAAGCAACCCCCCCAUUGGUAUAACUCAUGCAGUGCUCGUGGCACUCCUGAAAAAAUGGAUCUCUCAGCUCCCUGUGGAUGCUCCCACAGAAAUUAUGGUGCCCAUGGCAUCAUCAUCAAGAUUGGGACAUCCUCCACACAACAACAGUCCAAUCAUCCAUGGGUGCUUGUCAUUCUAUGCACAUCCAACAGAGAGUGUCAUAGCCCACAAACCCUCCUUGUUCUUCCCACAUCCAAAUGAGACAACCCUCUUCUCACAUGUCUUUUCUGUAUACCUUCCUGAUCCAAAUAUCAAUGAUGGAAUGUUUGAUACCCAUGCCUUCACUGGAGAGGUCCUAGUCUUAGAGACCUCAUUUCUUUGUAGAGCGCAAAAGAGCACCAUGGAGACAAGAGGAGUAACAGGAGCACCAAGAGCUCCACAGGAGGUCUCUAAGACCACAAAAGUGGUGCCAAGGGUGCAUGGGGCUGUGGAUAGAAAUGAAAUUAAUGAUUUGGCCCAUGGCAUGCUGACCAAACUGAGGAUGACCAAACAAAUUCAUACCUUGCUGAUCUACACAACUAUGAUCACCAAAACCUACGGAUCGCCCAUCCAGGGUUCUGUAUCGGAUGUCCACGAAUCAUUUAUGUACUACACCAUCAUUCGAUAUUCGACGUUCAACCUCCCAUUCCCGAUUCACGCCAACUGGUUUACACGCAUGUGCACUAGCUAUCAUGCCUCAUGGGCACACAGACAUGCACGGGACCGAUAG